UUUUUUUUUGUAAACCAGGAACUACAUAAAUAUGAGAUUUUGAUUAAUUACUCUGCAAUUACACGUAUUAAAAGCAACUAAGUCGAUUAUCUUUGUAGAUCCAUUAUCCGCUUAAUGUUAAAUCACAGAAAUCACAACAUUCCCAUGUCAUCGCUUUUACACCAUAACUACCAAUAUAAUUGACUUGAUUAUCAAGUGUGCAGAACGGCGAUUAAUGUCAGGAGGAUCAUUUGAAAAAAAUCGCACAUAGGAACAAAGGUAAAUCGUUUUUAAUGUUGCUCUAUUUGAGAUAAACGCUUCCGUGAAGGCAGGUAAUUAUAACCAAAAAAAUUUUAAAACAUCACUCAGUGAGUCACUAGAGUUAAAGCAUUAAAAUCAAUAAAAAGGCGGAGAUUGUUAUGUGUACCUACUGUCAAUCAAAUCGCCGUCGAAUAGACGGAUAUUUACAUUACCGUACGCCUAAGAGUGCUUCAGUUGUAGAACAGAAUUCAAAGACACGAGUUCCAGCCGAACUCUUAAUUAAUCCCGACUACUUAAUUAAUUAUCAACAGUAUGGAACUGACGACAGAUAGGUACAGUGAAUCUAUUGAGUUAUCCAACAAGUGCAGAGAAUUCUACCUGAAAAGAAUGGAGGACGCUGAGGCGAGGAAACAGACCCCUAAGACGAAUCCCUCCCCCCGGGGCGGGAAGAUCACAACCAUAGACGUAGCCAUGGGCAAACUUAGAGAAGAAAUGAAUUCUUUAAUGGAUCAAGACCUUUCCCUGAUGAAACAGCUGUUGAUCUUAAACGAGACAAUUGAAGACCUGAAAUGGAAAAGGAGUUGCAGCUAUGAUUCUAUGCCCGAUAGCUCCACCGAACUAAACGUUUCUGAUUGGUCAGUAUCAGACAGCGAUUUGUUCGAAUCCUGCGAUGAUCUAUCCAGAAAAGGCCAACAACCAGAAACCGAGAUUCCGGAAGUAACAUCAUUGUCAAACGCAAUCAAACACAAAUGUACCACACAAGACACUCGCAGUUCGACGAAGAAAUCCGAGCAGAAAUCCGAGAAAAUUUCUAAAAUCAAAAUAGAAAAUGCAAUUUACAAACAAACUAGUGAAGAAGAUCAAAGUUCAUGUGACUCCGGAAUCUGUGACUCCUUUCUGGUGGAAGGUCCCUGAAGGGCCCCUCCAUUUCAAACUAACAAUUGCAAUAUGAACGGUUGUCAAAACUUGUGUUCUUCGAAAACUUUUACAAUCCAAGAGGAUUUCCGAGGCCACUGAAGUUUACGAUCUCAGGACAUUUUAGCAUGGACUACGCGAUCAGGAUGUUUAACGUUAUACACGUGAAGCGAUUUUUACAACGAAUACACACUGUGUAGGAUCUCUUAAUUUCAUUGAAAAAAUCGUGCACCUGUUUCAUGCCGACAGAGGUUGACGUCUAUUAAUGAAAAACUACCGGACUCCCAGUAACAUUCGGUUUCCGGUGCUUUCAGGACACUGUGUCUGAUGGUUCCUGAGUGGACUUUGACUAAUUUGGACAAUGUGUAUAAUUAUUGGAUAUUUAUUCCUUUUAAGGCAUAUUCGAAUGUCAUGUUUAUUUUUUGCAUCCCUUUCGCAAGUCAAAAAGAAUUUUUAUGAAGUUUGAAAAAAAUAAGGGGGGAUUUAAAUCGGAAGGGGGGGGGGGUAUAUGUAUGGUAUUCAAUAUAAUUUAUCAGGCACAUUUCUUCAAUGCUGUGUCCCUCGAAAAGACCUGAAAGGCGGAACACAAUUAGUGUAGUCUCUCAACGACGCCAGUCAGUGUCUGUUUCGGGGGAUAUUGUGUGGACGAAAUGUGCGGAGGUAAAUCAGAUCGCAACUUUUGGCUUUAAUUUUCUGGCUAUGGGGAGAGGUUUUGAUUUUCUGGCUAGGGGAGGGAGGGGGGGUUACAAGACAGAGUUCUUCCUUGUGGAUUUCGUCAAAUGUAUUCGUAAAACAAGGAAGAAUGGCUGUGUAUACAAAUUAAAAUGUUUUAAAAUUUGAAUUUAGCAAAAAUAUGUGACAAAAAAUUGAAACAUUUAUUGUAUUUGGAACUGUAAAUUUUGAAAUAAAUGUGGAAUUACUUUU